AUGUCGUCUUCUGCUAAUAUUCCUCCCUAUAAUGCAAGGAAUAAUAAUACCAAUGGCAACAAUUUUAACCAUAUGAAUCAUCAACAACAUUCUGCCGUGCCCCAACAAAAUCAUCAAGCUAUGAAUGUUCCUGAGCAUUUAUUGCCACAAGCUUUUAUGAAUCAGCAGCAACAACAGCAGCAACAGCAACCAUCACCGCAACAACACUAUUCACAACCACAUCUUAAUCAACACCCUCAACAAUACAGUUUUCCUUCUCAAUCGAGACCUCACCCUCCGCAACAGCAACAUUACCCCAACGCACAACAAAGAUCUCAAUCUUUUACAAGUUAUUCAGCAAACCCAUUGGGCUCUCAAAAGACAAUGGAUCCAGGGUCCCCUUCUCUUGCUAACCCAAUUCAAUUCCAAGGAAUUAGUGGUUCAAGUUCAACAGAACAACAAUAUCCACUGUCUCCAAAAAGGGCAUUCAGUCAACCAGCAGUGAUGACCUCUCCCCAGAGCGGACUCCAACAACCGUAUGUGGCUCAAAGACAAAAUGAUUUAGCUGGAUUAAAUCAGGGUCAAUAUCCGUCUAAGAAUAGAUCAGCUUCUUCUUUGACGUAUGACAGAAGUUAUUCACACCAUCAACAAGGACCUCCUCAGCAAUCAUCACAACAACAUCCACAACCACCCUACCCGAUUAACAAUGGAUUGAAUGGACCACCGCAAUCACAUUCUUUGGACCCACAACAACCACAAGCUCCAUACCCUCAACAACGCCGUCAACUUCGUAAGGCACCUUCAAGUAAUUUACCACCAAUUCAAAAUGACCAGGUAUACAACAGCCCAGAUGCAAGAAGAAUUGUGUCAACCCCAAAUCAUCAACAAAAUUUCCCAACGCCGGUUCCUCUUGAAGCACGAACUCAAUCAUUGACUUCAAUGUCAUUCAAAAAUCAACAACAGCAACAACAACAACAACAAGAUCAACUAACACAACCACCAAACUUUGAUCUGCCUGUAAGAGAGCCUAGCAGCAGAAGUGCUUCAAGUAGUUCGCUUCAUCAUACUUUUUCGUUAGGUUCAAAAUCUCGUUCAUUCACUUCCAUUAGUAAAUUGUCCUCAUUGUCAACAAAAAAGUUUGGAUCAACAUCAUCAGUUAAUACCAACAAAUUAGACCGUCACCAAACUAGUAGUACAAUUAAAACAUAUGGCUCUAAUCAUCCUCAUGGUCAUCAUCAUCACCAUCACCCUCCUAAACCUUCUGUUUAUCCAGCUAUUUUAUCUGAAGUGGCCAAGCUUUUCAAAGAAGCAAUCAUUUUGACAAUUAACACUAAAGAUGGGUUGGAAUAUCAUGAUACAUUUACAGGGAAAAUGGCUGUUGAUAUUUUGUGUCGUAUUAUUAGAACCAAUGAUCGUAAUUUAGCUUUGUUGUUGGGUAGAUCUUUAGAUGCACAAAAGUUUUUCCACGACGUGACAUAUAACCAUAGAUUAAGAGAUUCAGUUCAUGAAGUUUAUGCAUUCAAUCAUGUGUAUAAUGAUGUUGAUUUUUUCCAUGACGAUGGUAAUGGAACACAGACUAAUGGUAAUAACAGUGCACUCAAUUCCAAACAUGGAUCAUUUGUUGACAGUUCACUGUUGCAAAAUGCUUUGAAUGAUCAUAUUUUACAAGAGCAAUUGCCUUCGCAUAUUAGCAAACCGGCAUUGGAACACAACAAUUCUCAAAGCAAUGGGUCAUUGAGCAGAAUUGCCAGUGGUGUUGGUAUUUCUGGUAAUGGUUCAUCAGCGGUUGUGGCUGGCAAAGAGUUGACUGCAAGUCAACAAACUGGAGUGAAUGGGGUGUUCACUAUUUUGACAGAAUGUUAUUCUCCUACAUGUAGUAGGAAUAGGCUUUGUUAUAGUAUAGCCUGUCCAAGAAGAUUAGAACAACAAGCUAGAUUGAAUUUGAAACCACAAGGUGGAUUACAACGUGCUGUGUCCAGAUUAUCUUUACACGAUCAAGAAGAAAGUGAAACAUUAUGGCACAAGACUGUUCCACAAUCCGUUUUAGACAAGUUAGAUAAACACGAAAAAACUAGACAGGAGUUGAUUUACGAAUUUGUGUAUACAGAAAGAGAUUAUGUGAAAGACUUAGAGUUUAUGACUGAUUUUUAUAUCAUGCCGUUACGAAACCCGGCAAACAAUAUCAUCCCAGAAUAUCAACGGGAAACUUUUAUUCAGACUGUGUUUGGUGGUGUUCCAGAUUUGUUAAGAUUAGCCAAGCGUUUAAGUGAAGCAUUGACUAGAAGACAACAACAACAAAAACCUGUAGUGGAAACCAUUGGUGAUGUGUUUUUGGAUUAUGUUGGAGAUUUUGAUCCAUUUAUCACAUAUUCUGGUAAUAAAGUUUUUGCGACAUUUGAACAUGAAAGACAACAACAAGUUAACAUGAAAUAUGCCAGGUUUUUAGAUGCAAUUGAAAAGAAACCUGAAUCUAGAAGACAAGAUUUGUCAUCGUUUUUGAUUAAAGGUGUCCAAAGACCUGCUAGAUACCAAUUGUUACUUUCAGGUAUUCUUAAACAUACUAAACCAGAAUCCCCAGAUUACAAGUAUUUGACUAAAGCUAAAGAGGAAAUUGAGAAAUUGUUGGUCAAGAUUAAUAUCCAAACUGGUGAAUGUACCGAUAGACAUAAAGUUAUGGUUUUGCAUAGAUUAUUGGGUAAACAAACUUUGGAGAAUAGAUUUAAUUUCAAGUUAUCUUACAACAAUAGAAUUAUUUAUCAAGUUACAUUGAACAGGAAAAGAGAUAAUGAAAAGAUUGAUUUAUAUUUGUUUGAACAUGCAUUGUUGUUGGUUAAACAUAAGAUUCAGAACAAACGUGAACAACACAAGGUUUUUGAGAAACCAAUGUAUUUGCCAUUGUUGUUUGUGAACAGUGGUAUGGAAGUGCCUACUAGUAGAACCAUUAUGCCAUAUAGAAACAAUAUGUCAUUAGUUUCCGAUACAAGUAUCAAACCACAAAAACCCGAAAGUACCAACUAUAUUGGUAAUACAUUGAAUUCUUCAUCUAAUUCCAAAUUCCAAUUGAAUUUCUUUGGUUUGGGUAGCAAUCAAGUACAUGCAUCAUUAUUUGCUGAAGAUUUGGCUAUUCAAAACCAAGUAUUGCUGCAAAUUUCUGCUCAACAAAAGAAAUUGAUUGAAACCAAUGAUAUUUUUUCAUUGAGUAAAUUUGAAACCCGAAGAUUUACUGGUAACAACAAGAUCAAUUGUGCUGUUCCAUGUUAUGGUGGUAAGAAAUUGUUGUAUGGUACUGAUUCUGGUGUCUGGGUCAGUACAGUUCGUUCAAUUAGUGCUACAUCAAAUGAAAAGAUUUGUAGUGAUCCAACAAUGGUUAUUUCCAAAACUUAUGUAAGUCAGAUUGAAGUCAUUGUUGAAUAUUCCAAAUUGUUGGUUUUAACAGAUAAAUAUUUAUAUGAAUAUGAUUUAUCAUGUACAGAUUCCUUAGAUCAUGUUAAAAAUACCAAAUCAGGAAAAUUACUCAUGACUCACAUUUCUUUUUUCAAAGUUGGUGUAUGUGACGGGAAAUUAUUGGUUAUUGGUGCCAAAACAGGAAGUCAACAUUCUAUUUGUAUUCUUGAACCAACCAAUCCAUUUGAUAAGAGUAAUAAAAAUAAAAACAAAAAGACUGAAAUCCAAGAAGUUUAUUUCAGUUCGGAUCCAAUUUCUAUUUCAUUUUUGAAAACCAAGUUGUGUGUUGGAUGUGCUAAAGGAUUUGAAAUUUUGUCAGCACAAACAGGUACCAAAGAAUCUAUUUUGGAUGAAGCAGAUCCAUCGUUAGAUUUUGCUACUCAAAGAGAAACUGUGACACCAUUGGCUAUUCAUAGAUUGGGACGUGAUUUCUUGUUGUGUUAUUCUGAAUUUGUAUUUUUAAUUAACAGAAAUGGAUGGAGAACCAAUCAUGAUUGGGGUAUUUUCUGGGAAGGUAAUCCACAAAAUGUUGCCAUAUUUUUCCCAUAUUUACUUAGUUUUGAUGAAAGUUUUAUUGAAAUUAGAGAUUUACACACUACUAAUUUAUUGAGAGCUUUGGCUGGGGAAAAUAUCAGAUUUUUACAUUCAAAUGAACAUGCGGCUAUGUUUGCUUGUGAAGAAAAAGGGUAUGAUAUUAUAAUCUCUAUAGAUUUCUUAAAAUAG